AUGCAGGCCUUCUCAGCCCGCAACUGCGGUUUCGAGAAUGUGACUUUUCGAUCCUGUCACUUCUCGAAUGUCACAUUUGAUGGGGUGAAGCUGGAGAACGUCACAUUCCAUGGGGUCGACUUUCAGAAUGUCCAACUGAAGGGCAUUGAAUUGUCGAAUGUAUCCUGGAUGGAGGAAGGAUUGAGGAAUGCCCUGAUAGCUGGCGAUGCGUUCGAGCACGUGUCCGGCACGACCAUCGCUGUUGCGUUGCGAAUGAAGAGCGAGACACGCCUAUCGCGUACGACGUGGUUCGAGCCUCGAACCGCAUUACACGAGUCUUUUCAUGAUGGAAUUGACGCUGGAAGGAAAUGCAUCAGCAUCAUCGCCAAGCCUCGGGUUGGCAUAUUCGAGGUGCUCGAGGUGCGAUCUAAAAUAAUGGGCUAUCUCUUCCCGUGCCCGCGAAGGAUGAAUGGCAGCACGAUGGUGAUGGUCGAUCGACCAGCUUACGACUUGUUCGGCAGGCCGGAGACAUCGCAGACUCAGUACACAGUGAAGAGUCGAUUCAACUUCGGAACUCCAAUACAGACCUAUCACGGCUGGUGCAGACCUCGCGUUCAUGGCGUGCAGCAAGGCGACUCAUCGCUGAACUUCUGCCUAGCUCUGCUUAUUACCUCGAAGCAAUUCUACCAGAUCACCAUCCCUUACAUUUACGAUAGGGGGUUCGCUUUCGAGAGUGCCGAAAGUUGUCUCGCUUUCCUGCACGACCACCAGAAAGUAGAGCACCAAUUAUCUGGCAUACAACUCAAGUACACUUCGCAGACAAAUCCAGCUGCUUGGCGAAGACUGUUCAACGUCAUUGUCCACGAACGGCGCGACAUCAAGGAGUUCGUCCUGAAGAUUGGAGCCGAGUUUUGGAACACUGAACAAUCGCGACAGCCAGCCCGCGAAGCUGUGAAUUGGCGAGGUUGGACGAAUGGCUGGACGCUUGAGAAUCCGCUCGAUGGCCAACGCACCUUCCUACAGCAUGUUGCUCGACUCCCAGGUCGCCGUCUCUCUACUAUUGGAGUGCCGACCAAAGCAGAAGAGGUGAAAUUCUUCCUGAGAAUCGCAGACUCCCAAGGCAUUCCGGAGCGAGAGGCCUUUACAGAUGACUUGCAAUUCCACCUUCGGCAGAUGAUGCUCCAGAGGCCGGAGCUGGACAGGCAAGAGAGGCGGACGUGUUGUCAGAUCAAGCAAUUGGAUGAAUGCUGCUAUUGGAAGAGGCCAGCGAGUGACAAGUAA